CGUUAGGAAACGGUGCGCAAUGCGUCAUCAUUCAUGGCGAAUCCAAGUUCCAACUUCCUGUUCGUCUUUUCUGCGGGCGCCGCACUGUCGUUGCUGCGCCUGUCGCGUGGUGCGCCCUAGAGUCUGCUGGCUCCGCACCAGCUGUUCCUGCUGCUCUGCUGCUCUUCUCGCGGUUCCCUGUAGACGCACAAGCAGCACAGCAGCUCCGCUUAAUUGUGGGAGUCGCCCCUAACAAAGCUGGCGGACCUGGCCGAAACCUGCUGAAAUCACCAUCAGGACUUUGCAAAAAGACGUUCGAGUGCCCUGCGCACGGCCCUGCCACGGUAGGGCGGCAAAGUGCCGCAUUGCUGUUGUAGCUGCUGGUUAACAGGCUGGAGAGUUGCAUUUCAGCAACCGACAAGGUGACUAGGUUCGUAAGUAUUGUGCAACGACAGUUGCAACCGUGUAUUAUAGUCCGGUCAGAUGGAGCCCAACCAGGGGGCCGCAGGGUAUCCAUACCAACAGCCAGGCUAUCCUCAACAGCAACAGACGUAUCCACCUCAUCCAGGGUACCCGCAGCAACCGGCAGGAUAUGCCCCACAACCGGCAGGUUAUCCCCCCCAACCCGCGAGUUAUCCCCAGCAGCCGGCAGAUUAUGCCCAGCAGCCGGGAGGUUAUGCCCAGCAGCCGGGAGGUUAUGACCAGCAACCAGCAGGGUAUCCGCCGCAACAAGCGGGAUAUCCCCCUCACCAAGCAGGUUACCCACCUCAGCAAGCCGGAAUCUACCCGCCACAACAACCAGGGUAUCCCCCCUACAAUGGCAAUGCCCCCCUGAUGCAAGCUCCCCCCAUUCAGAUGAUGACAUCGAGACUGGAUGCGCUUCCCGGCGUCGUCAUUCGGCAGGAGUCUCAGUGGCUCGAGAUGAUCGCCCAACUUGCGCUCGAUCUCCCCUACGAGGCGGCCAACAAGUACAAGGUCGCUCCGCUGCCACCUGGCAGGCGCGCGGCGCGCGACCACCUGCAGACUCCUGACAGGUGGCGCCCGAAGGGCGAGGAGCUCGAGGCCCUCCCCACCCUGAUGCGCGUUGAGGAAGACUCCGGCUGUUGCACCCGGUGCCUCUUCACCUGCUUGGGGUGCGCAAACCUGAGGCCGCUCAAGCUACACUUUCUGGAGGGGGGGGGCGAGAGCUACACGGUUCAGCGGCCGUUCCGCAUGGGUGGCGGAUGUUGCUGCCCGCUCGAGAUGACGAUGACGCGCGGGCCGGAGGUGCUCGGGAAGGUGCUGGAGGACUGCAACCCGUUCUGCGGCCCGCGUUGCUGCCAGUACUGCUUCCUGUGGACGUGUUACACCAAUGUCCUCACCGGCCGCCCCCCCAGCCUGACCCACAAGUACACGCUCCGCGUCGGCAUGGCCUGCUGCGGCCGCGUCAACAACUGCUGCGGCGCCACGUGUCUCAAGGAUGACCUCAUCAUUGACGUGCUGGACAAGGAGGGCAAGCUGGUCGCGACCAUCCAGAAGACGUAUGCGCCGUCCAAUGAUUGUAGCGCGUUCUGCCGCUGCCUCGGGCAGUUCAGUAACUUCAUCGUCGAGUUUCCGCCGGAUGCCACCGAAACGGAUCGGGCCAUGCUGCUGGCCGCUAUUUUCUCGAUAGACUACCAGCUCUUUGAGAAGACCGGGAACGAGAACAACAACAACUCAAGCAACAGCUAAAUGGCUCCUGAGUAUGGCCCUAUUUGGAAGGAGAUGUCUUCGACCUGAGAUAGGAGGUAUUUGAGUAUGGUGGUUCGCUAAAGCAGAACCCUUAAUGACGUUCUUAGCCUUCGAAAGCAAGGAUUACUGAGCUUACCGUGUAUGUACAUACCGUACGACCAAGGUAUGAUUCCGAAUAGAUAGAUAAUGAUUUGCGUUCGGAAAGUUGGAAAUUUCGGAUAAGCAGUCGGAUUUUGCUUUUUCGGAAAGUAGUUUUUAGCCCGUAUGGAUAUCGUGUACGUAAUUUGUGCACUUGUGUCUCGAAACUAAUUCAGUGAGUAUCAACCACUGAAACCUCACAGGCUUCGUUUGUUUGUAUUACUGUCAACUUAUACGCGACCGGACCGUCUCACC